AUGUACAUACAUCCAGUUUCAGAGAAACAUGCAGUGCAUGGCAGAAAGAUGUUUCCACCAUUCCCAGAAGGCACCAAACUUGCCAUGCUUGGGUUAGGAUGCUUCUGGGGUGCAGAAAGAAAAUUUUGGAAAAUAGAUGGAGUGUAUUCAACUCAGGUCGGAUUUACUGGUGGCCACACGAAAAAUCCAUCAUACAAAGAAGUGUGCACAGAUCGAACUGGCCACAAUGAAGUUGUUCGAAUUGUUUAUGAACCUAACGUUGUUUCUUAUGAAGAUUUGCUCGUGGCAUUUUGGGAGAGCCAUAACCCAACGCAAGGAAACAGGCAAGGCAAUGAUGUAGGCACACAGUAUCGAUCUGGGAUAUAUUAUUAUGAUGUUCAGCAAAAAGAAUUAGCAGAAAAGUCAAAAAAAAUGUAUGAACAAAAAUUACUCGAAAGUAAUAAAUUUGGUAAAAUAACAACAGAAAUACUGGAAGCAGGUGAAUUUUAUUAUGCAGAAGAUUACCACCAACAGUACCUUCACAAGAAUCCUGACGGAUACUGUGGCUUGGGGGGCACGGGCGUUUCUUGCCCAAGAGGUUUCUAA